CCCUAGCCGUUGUGCACACGGAAUAGCAAUCGUGCUAGAAAGGAAGAUAGGACAUUUCACUAAAGAGUUGUUGGCAUUAAUCUUCCCAUCAUUUUUGCCAAGCGUUUUAAAUGUUACAUGUACACAUUUGAGUCAAGCGAAGACCAAAAAUGGACGUCAAUGGAUAUUUACAAGAAUUUGAGCGACACAUCGCUGCUUAUUCUGGAGACGACCCCUUGGAUCCGUGGGACAGGUUCAUACAGUUUCUAGAAGGGAAGCUCACGCUUGAGGAAAGAGAAGGGCUGUGUGCUGUGCUUAAUCGCCUCGUGCAAACCUUUUUAUUGGAGGAAAGGUACCGUGACGACGGCAGAUUUAUCAAUCACUGCAUCAAAUUUGCCAGCUUUUAUGAUGAUCCCAUUGAGGUGUACAGCUACGUACAAGAGCACGGAGUUGGAACCAAAGCGUCAAGCUUGUACAUUGCCUGGGCAGAGCAAUUUGAAAAAAAGGGGAAAUUGUCACAAGCUGAAGCUGUGUACCAGAGAGCUGUCGAAAACCAGGCCGUACCCAUGGACCUGGUGCUUGAGCGCUAUGGAAAAUUCCAGCAAAAGAUAUUGGCUCCUCAAGCAAGCUCUAGUGGUUUACCACGGCAGCCGUUACAAAAUUCACAACUACCCAAUCAACCCAGAGGAAUUAUUCAGCAGCAAUGCAAGUUGGAGGACUCUUCUCCCAAAGAGGCAUUCCCCGAAGACAAAACGGUUAGAAUAAUCUCCAGGUCUGAGUUUAACCCCCCCAAACCAACUGGCGGCCAGAGUCAGGUGAUGCAGCAGGUGUCCAUGUACUGUGUUAGCGAGCUUGUCUGUGAGGACUCUGAGUACUGUUUUGAAGAGCUGAGGGCCAAGCGCUAUUGGGCCAAGCGCAAGCAGCAUGAGACUGGAGAAAACCAGAGAAAAGUGCAAGAUGAAAAACGAGUACGAGCAGAUCCAAACCAAAGCGAGAAUAGCAUUCAGUCACCAGUACUCAGCGGACAUUCCCAGCCUCAGGAGAGUCAGUCCCAGCUGCCCUCAGCAGCAGCAGCAGCAGCAGUGCCAUUGACCUCCAGGCUCGGGGCAGCAACAUCAUUCAGCAGUAACCGGCGCUCCCUGGGUAUCCGAACAGCUCCCACCUUCCGGCCCAGCCUGAGCCUGCAGCCCUACAUGAUGGAGCAGCAGAGCGGCGGGACCCGGAGGUUGUCUGAGUCGCUCGCCACCUACGGCACGUGGGCCACCACUACCUCUUCGUCCCCUCCUCUUGGUCCACAGGUCUCCCUCCCGCCCGCUGGUCGCAUCCUCUCAACCCUGGAGGAGUCGGAGGCCUCUCGCUGUGAAGUCGACUCUCACAGCCCGCUGACCACAGCAGCAGCGACGGGUCCAUCGCCCAGCAGCACGCUGCCCCCAGCGGCCACCCCGGCCUCCCUGGUGGCGUCCUCUAUGCCCCACACGUCUCUCCUCCAGGGGUCCGUCCCUCUGCCCAUGGCCAGUCAGGCAGCGGCUGAGCACCACACGUCCCUCCUCCAGCAGCACCAGACUGCUUGUGGUGCUGAGAGCGCAGGGCAGCUCCCCGUGCACAAUGGCCAGUCUCAGGAAGCAGCAGGGGGGUUGUCUGAGGCCCCCUACAGAGGGGCCUUCAGCAGGGGCGCCGGCCAGCCUGCCAUGGGCGCCUCUGAGGUGCUGCAGGUACAACACAGCUUCACACAGCCCCUGGAGGACCAAGAGCAUGAUGAAUUCAAGGGAGGAGAAGGUGCUAACAAUGUGUCACAUGGGAACAACUCUCACGUCACUCCCAACACAUCUCUGGGCCUGAUCCAGGCCACCCCAUCUCGGGUCCUUCCGUCCCCAACUGUGAACACGCGGGAGGCUCUCGAUCUGAUAAUGGACAUGUUCCAGGCACCAACAUUUGCAUCAAAUGGUCUUUCCCAGAUCGCUGAGGAGAGUGUAAACUUUCCACCUCCAAAAUCCAAUAAGUCUGCUGCACUCCAACCUGCUGCUGCAGCCUUUACCAUCUUCCAGGAUGAAGACGACAAGGAAAACGGAGGACGUGUUACGGCAGCUGGCGGACGGAAAGCUCUGCAAGUCCAGGAAGAAGCCCCCGUACCGGCCUUGUCACAGCAAAACGAGACGGCCUUUGGCGUGUCACUGGCUGACGAGACGGCCAUGUGGAGCUCCAGGCAGCGGCUCAUGAUGACGAUGGCGCCCUGUCCCAACACCACCGGAGACUUCGCCCCUCUCGCCCACCUGGCCUCCACGCCCUUCCACCUCAACGCCCCUCACACCUGGGAGGAGUCUGAGCAGGAGAACAAUGGAUCCACAGCCUCAGCAGAGCCCAAUGAAAACCAACUCUUUCUGCGGCAACCUACUAAGCUCAGUCCAAUUAUCGAGCAGAGUCCAGUGGAGUCCCAGUCCUCCCCGGCGCUGAGGACGUUGGCAGCUCAGGGCACCAUCGUGGGCGAAGGCUUGGCACCGGUCCAGCAGAGCCAGCACCACCAAGCCUCGUCCUCGUCCGUCAGCUACACCACAGCCCACCCCCUCGCUGCCCUCUCCUUCCCUGACCACACAGUCGCCCCAACCGAAGACGAGCGGGCCUUCAAGCUAUUAGCGUCCACGUCCGCUGCUGCUGCUGGUGGUGCCACUGUGGGCCCCAAGUCCAGCUGGACCAUCUACGAGAGCCCGGAGAAGGGGCCGGAAUCCUCGAAGGCUGGGCUUUCGUGUCUCGGCGCGGAGGCUCCCAGGCCCGCAGGUCUGGAGAUCGCCCCAGCCGCCCACUCCUUCCUCUCCAGGAGCUCUGUUCACGAGACCAAGGCCCAGGAGGUCUUCCCCGGCAGCCAGGACCUUUUACAGAGGUCGCACUGUGACGUGCCCAUGAGCCCUGAGCCGGCUGCUCCUGCUCCUGCUGCUGCUGCCGCCACCUCCAGACUGGUGCCAGACGACGUCAGCAUGAGCCCAGCAGCGCCGGCUUCAAAGGCCACCACUCUGGACGUCCCCAUGAGUCCCGACAUGGCGUGGGUCAUAGGCUCCAUGAAAGGCGACGCUAGCCCCGUUGCCGAACUGGACCUUGGUUUCGGUGGGGUGCGAACAGCGCGCCGCAGCCUGGCGGCACCCCCGCCACUGUGGCAGGAGGAGCAGCCCAUGCUGCAGAGUCCUGCCAAGGGCCCCGAGACUCGCAUGGAGACGGGCAUGGAGGACGUCCCCAUGAGCCCCCAACCCACCUCUGCCCUCAAACACACUCCUGCAGCAGCCCUUGCUAACCUGGUGUCGGACCCCUGGAGUGAGGACUUGAUUCAGUUCUUCCUCUCCAGGCUGCCAGUCCCCCUCAGCUCCCACCCACACGUCACCACCUGGGACUGCAACCUCCCCAAUAUCAGCCCAAAGAUGACCACCACCAUGGCUGGUGAGUCACUCCGAGUGGAUUUCGUCCUUGGACAGGGAGCUUUUGCCACCGUCUAUCAGGCCACCAACCUCACAACGUCAGAGAAGCUUUUCCUGAAGGUGCAGAAGCCGGCCAACCCGUGGGAGUUCUACAUCAACAGCCAGCUGAACGCGCGGCUGCAGCCCAGCGUGCGGCACCUCUUCAACAACAUCCACUCCGCACACCUCUUCAGAAACGGCAGCAUUCUGCUCGGCGACCUCCACAACUGUGGCACUCUGCUGAAUGCGGUGAACCUGUACAAGAGCCGCAGUGAGAAGGUGCUCCCGGCGGCCAUGGUGCUCUACUUCACCUCCUGUAUCCUGCACAUGGUGGAGCAGCUGCACCGCGCCCACAUCGUCCACGCAGACAUCAAGCCUGACAACUUCCUGCUCGGCGAGAGGUUUUUGGAGAACGAGUGCUUCGAGGCGGAGAACGUGAGCCACGGCCUGGCCCUCAUCGACCUGGGCCAGAGCAUCGACAUGAGUCUCUUCCCCCCGGGCACCGCCUUCACCGCCAAGUGCAUGACCUCCGCCUUCCAGUGCACCGAGAUGCUCAGCGGACGCCCCUGGAACUACCAGACGGACUAUUUUGGCAUCGCAGGCACGGUAUACUGCAUGAUCUUUGGCUCCUACAUGCAGGUGAAGCACGAGGACGGUGAAUGGAGGCCUAAUGGGACCUUCAAGAGAAACCCACACAGUGAGCUGUGGCAGGAGUUUUUCCAUACGCUCCUCAACGUGCCCGACUGCGGCUCUCUGCCGUGCCUGCGGAGUCUGCGCAGCCGAGUGCACACCGAGCUCCAGCAGCACUACGGCUCCAAGAUACGCGGCCUCAAGAACAGACUGGUGGUGCAGCUGCUGGAGUCUCGCCGCCGAUAACACACACACACACACACACACACACACACACACACACACACACACACACACUCAAAAUCUGAAGAGAGUAGGACACACACACACACACACACACACACACACACUCAAAAUCUGAAGAGAGUAGGACACACACACACACACAAAAUCUGAAGAGGGUAGG